AUGCGGGAGGACCAGGAGCAUGGCAGCCAAGAGCGAGAAAUUCCAAUCCCUCCGGAUGGAGCUCGCGAGGCAUGGGCGAGCCAUUUCCCGGCAAACACGGUUAUUACUUCGAAGUACACGGUUUUGAAUUUUGUUCCCAAAAAUCUAUGGGAGCAGCUUCACAAGGCUGCCAAUCGAUAUUUUCUCUUCAUCUCUGUUGUGAUGUUCAUCGGUAAUUACACUCCUUUGUUCUACGGCUUCAUAAAGUUUUACUCCACGUUCGCAGCCUUGCUCAUCAUGAUGACAGCAUCAGCCGUGAUCGCAGUCAUCGAUGACAAACGCCGGCAUGAGGCUGAUGUCAUUACCAACAGCCAGAUAGCGCACCGGCUCAAGGCCGAUGGAAUCGGAGGCAAGGGGUUCGUCUCCGAAGAUGUGAUUUGGGCAGAUGUUCGUGUCGGUGAUGUCUUAGUUGUGGCUGGAGAGGAGGAAUUUCCGGCCGACUUGGUGCCGCUUGCAUCAUCCAGUGAGGGUGGGUGCUAUGUGUCGACAGCAAAUCUCGAUGGCGAAACAAACUUGAAGCUCAAAGAACCAGCUUCAUCCACACAAAGGGCUCUGGUUGGAGGCGCGGGCGACGCGCGGCCCUUGCUGGACCAAGCCGUUGAGAGGCUCCACUCCCUGGGUGAGAGCUUUCUUGUGGCGGAGGCGCCACAGAAAUCGAUUCACACCUUCAAGGGCUGCCUUCGGACGGGCGCUGAAGUGGAAGAGCCCUUGAAUGCCAAAAACUUCCUCCUCCGUGGCACGGUCUUGAAAAACACAUCCUGGGUUGUGGGAGCGGUCGUUUACACGGGUCCGGAGACACGGAUGGUGAUGAAUUCUAGGAAGGCAAAAGCCAAGUAUGCUAACAUCGAGCAGGUGAUCAACCGAUCCAUGCUGGUUGUUGUGGGUGCACAAUGUUUGAUGGCGCUCAUCAAUGAUAUCGUGUACCUCAUGACCAAAGAGCAGUUCAUGAGCUACUGGUAUUUGUUUCCCGCGGGACCAUCGCGCAAGAUCAUCCUGCCAGAGAGUAUCGGUUACUGGCUCACAUUUUUCGUGCUGUACUCGAAUUUGAUGCCCAUAUCUCUUUAUUUCACCAUGGAGGUGUGCAAUACUGCGCAGGCUUACUUCAUCAAGAACGACAUUGAGAUGUAUGAUGAGGGCCAAGACUGUCCCGCGAAUGCGCGAACGACGAAUCUUUGCCAUGAGCUUGGACAAGUUUCGUACAUCUUCUCAGACAAGACAGGGACGUGGACCCUGCCAGAUUGGAGAAUUGACCAGACACUUGCCACGACUGUGCACACAGCAGGGUUGUGCAUAUGCAGAUCGGACAUGCGUAGACAUGCUAAGAGGCACAACACUCAAGCGAAGAUGUAA